CAGAUCUUCAACCGCUAUGGAUUUUGCAUGGUGAUGUGCUACAUGUCGUGGACCCCAGAGGCGCCUCCCUCUCGCUUCUCCUUUCCUUUUCUCCUGUUCUCCUGUCCAUGAUUUUCGUCAUCUGCGUUACCUAUGACGAUCUCCUGAGCCUGUCUGUCGCUCACAUACCCUAUUACAGGGCCCUGGGAAAGCUUGGCUGUCAACUUUUGCGGCUGUUACUGCUCGUCUCGUCUCUUCUUGCUCCUCGUCUCGUGUGUUUUGCCGCUCUUCGUCUUGUCACCCACCGUGUCCCACCAUCUCCCACCAUCUCCUACCGCCUCCCAAAGAAGUCACAUCCCUCUUCGUCCUUCCACUUCCAUUCUGCCCACUUGCACCAGGUGUGCUUCGUUCCAACUCUUUCUUACCUUCAUCAUGGCGAAAGGAUACCAUUCAUUACCUCUACACGAGGGCAGCCUCGAGGGCGCAGGCGAGAAGCACACCACCCGGACAGCCAGAUUCGACAGAGGGUCCGCGACGACUACAUUUGAGAGACUUGCGAGGAAUUGGGCAUGGCUUGGCCAUCUUGUUCUUCUUUCCAUUUCAAUGAGUUUAUUCCUUGUGUCAUUCUGCGUAAGGAGCGGCAACCAUUCCGAUCUCGCAUACACUGAAUUAUACUCGUCGUACUCACCCGUCGCACCCAUCGUGAGAUACGAAACUGUGCGGUAUAAUUUAACUCCCAUCGUCGAGGGACCGUUUGUCGGCUACGGCCCUGAAGUGGACAAGGCGUGGAACUACAUUGCCAACGAUGUGGGCGAUCAAAUGAUCUCGCAAGCAGAGCUUGACCGACUCGGCCUACCCCCUCAGUCGCUCACGAUUAAGGACCCACGUACGGGUGCCAAAGGCUACAGAGCUGCAGUCGAAGUCUUCCACCAACUGCACUGCCUCAACCUCAUUCGCCAGGCUGUCUAUAAGGACUACUACAAGCACCAGGGAGGUGACGUGGACGCCUCGGAAGGCAAGGAGGACGUCCAGGGGCAUGUCGAUCAUUGCAUCGAGACUCUGAGGUUGAAUCUCAUGUGCCAGAGCGACAUUGGUAUCUUCACCUUCCGAACCUAUCCGGAAUACGGAUACGAAAACGACGACUACUGGCCCGACUUCAGCACGAUGCAUACAUGCAGGAACUUUGAGGAUAUUAGGAAGUGGGCAAUCCAGAAGACUGUGGCUUGGGAUCACGACGUUUAGAAGGCGAACUGUCAUAUUUACAUCCAGGGUUAUUGGUAAUGCGGGCGUCUGGGGCGUUAGCUAUUGUGUCUUCCGGAGGAAACUGCGCAUGUAGAUGAGGGUGGGGGAGGCUGUUGGGCAGACUUUCCUCGUG